GAAAGCCCUAACUCCCUAAAUCCGAAAAUUAGCGGUCUCUCCCUCUCCUUUUUACUCUCCACUAACAGAAGUCGACCCACCAACGACAGUAGGCCUCCCUUUCCAUCACGCACGACGGCCAAGCACCACCGCCUGUGGCGAACUGAAAGGAAUACUUAAGAUCGAACACACCAUCUUCAUCCUCUGAAGGUUUGAAGAAUCAUAGGGGCUUCUAGCCUUUUGAUUAUCUUCUCUGCUAAAUGGUAGAUGCUCCAAAAUACUUUUUAUUGAAACCCAUAUUGUAUACUGGAGAACAACAUUGAUAGAUGUUAUUCAAUAUGCAUCUGGAGGAGGCAAUUUUGCAUUCGUUAGGGAACUUCCCUGCUUGUUUGUAGCUGUUCGGGUUUCAGGAGGUCAGUGGGUUUCACUAUACUUUUAAGCCAUUUUCUUUGUCUGAGCUGAUUAAGAAAUUGUUUGGUUUGCGGUUGGUGGGAUAGGAGAAAACUUGGAUAAGUAUUUGUUGGUAACAAGCCACCGUGAAUGAGUAUGAGGAAAUAUGUGAAUUCCCAUUCAGGAAGGACAUUUGGUGAUAGGGUAUGGAUCAUUCCAUUCUUUGCUAGCUUGCUCAUACUCAUUACUUUGUUUUUGACGGCCAUAUUUGGGCUGUUUGCCUCUCCCAAUGGCGGAGAGCAAAUCCCUAAUGACGUUAAUUUAUCCUCAAAAUUAGAGUUAGAGGACACAAGUGGGUACUUUGUUGAGUCUGAAUUGAGAAGAUCAUCGGAAAGAUAUGGAAAUACCAAACCAAGGUUGCCUAGAUUAGCAUAUCUUAUUUCGGGUACAAAAGGUGAUAGUCAUAGAAUGAUGAGAACCUUGCAGGCAGUAUAUCAUCCAAGAAAUCAAUAUGUACUGCAUUUGGAUCUUGAAGCUCUGCCCCGUGAAAGGUUGGAAUUGGCAGCUUCAGUGAAGGCUGAUCCCACAUUCCAUGAAGUGGACAAUGUGCGAGUCAUGGCUCAAUCUAAUUUGGUAACUUACAAAGGUCCUACAAUGAUUGCUUGUACAUUGCAAGCGAUUUCAAUUUUGUUGAAGGAGAGCUCAGAGUGGGACUGGUUUAUAAACCUCAGUGCAUCAGAUUAUCCUUUGGUUACGCAAGAUGAUUUUCUUCACGUCUUUUCUAACUUAUCCAGAAAUCUCAACUUCAUUGAACACAUGCAGAUUGUUGGGUGGAAGUUGAACCAAAGAGCCAAACCAAUCAUUGUUGAUCCUGGUCUGUACUUAUCAAAAAAAUCUGACAUUGCAUGGACCACUCAACGCAGGUCGCUUCCCACAUCAUUCAAGUUAUUUACAGGUUCAGCUUGGGUGAUGCUAACCAGACAGUUUCUAGAAUACUGCAUAUGGGGAUGGGAUAACCUGCCACGGACUAUCCUCAUGUACUAUGCGAACUUCAUAUCUUCGCCGGAAGGCUAUUUCCACACCGUCAUUUGCAACACUGACGAAUUUCAGAACACUGCAAUAAGCCAUGAUCUCCACUACAUUGCUUGGGACAGUCCUCCAAAGCAGCAUCCCAGAUACUUGUCAAUGAAGGACUUUGACAAGAUGGUCAAAAGCAAUGCCCCUUUCGCUAGGAAAUUUGCCAAAGAUGAUCCUGUCUUGGACAAAAUUGACAAAGAGAUUCUUGGUCGAACGAACCGGUUCGCUCCCGGGGCAUGGUGUGUUGGCAGCUCUGAAAAUGGAGCCAACCCUUGUUCUGUGCGCGGCAAUGAUUCAGUCUUCAAUCCAGGUCCUGGAGCCAAGAGGCUACAAGAACUGUUUCAGACUCUCUUGUCUGUAGAUUUUGGGAAGAAGCAAUGUGCGUGAAUAAGGAUAAUCCCUUUGUCUCGUAAAUAAAGGCCAUAGUUUACUACACUUAAGUGUACAUUAAUUGUAUUCAUAGGUUAUAUUAAUCGCAUUGUUGCAAAUGUAAAGUGGCAGAGUUUUGUUUCCAGCGUGGUAAAACUGUACAUGAAAUUUAAACCGCAUUCGACUUUACAUCAUUCAACUUCCUUUUUAUUUAUUCAAUCCUUAGUCUUUUUA